AUGUCCCCAAACCCAACCACGAACCACAACAUCAACCUCGCCCUCCAACACGCCCUAACUCGCCCCAUCGCGAACGACGACUGCCACACCGGCACGACCGGCGACUCCAUGUCCGAGCUCAGUGACAGCAGUGCAGGCCGUAGCGCAAUCGGAAGUGCUCUUGGCAGUACACUUCAAUUCGGCACACGUACACCGCAUUCAGGAGCUCCAGUUGCGGUGCACUCUCGCCGGCGGGAACCGUUGUUCGGACCAGCAGGGUCUAAGGUCUAUGCUAGAAAUGGAUCACAGCUAGUCGCUGCAGUCAACCCGGAGGGGAGAGCCAAUGGACCUGACAUGUUCCAUGAUGCUGUCGAGUGUGACGAGGAAAAGGACGAUGGACGGAAUGCUAUGGCGACGCUUUCGGCUGCAGCGCUAGAUGCUGGUAGCGGUGAACACUGA